AUGUCCCACUUUCUGUGUUAUGGGAAAAAUGGGUCAAGGGCAACUCGAAUUCUCAACCUUAGAUAUAAUCUUUUAUAUGGAGAGUUGCCUGAUUGCUGGAUGAAUUUGCAAUCCUUGUCUGUUCUGGAUUUGGAUAACAAUAACUUCAGUGGUGUCCUUCCUGUCUCCAUGGGAACUUUGACUUUUCUCGAGUCCCUUCAUCUUCGCAAGAACAGCCUCUCUGGAGCAGUGCCUUUAUCUCUUACAAAUUGCACAAAGUUACAGGUACUUGAUUUUGGUGAAAAUCAGUUGGUUGGAAAUCUUUCAACAUGGAUUGGGAAUUCUUUCUCAGAUAUGGUGAUUCUCAACCUGCAUUCGAAUAAUUUCCACGGACUUUUCCCCGCUGAACUUUGCCAUCUUGUGAAUUUACAAAUCCUGGACCUUUCUUCCAACAACCUUUCUGGAACAAUACCGAGCUGCAUCAGCAACAUCAGUGCCCUGGUGACAAUAAACUUCACUGGAAUCAGCAACAGAAUUGUAUGUUCAGAUGUUGAAUCAGAAGAUUUUGUUGAAGAUACAUCUGUUGUGGUAAAAGGGCGUAUUUUAGAAUAUCACACCACUCUUAAUCUGGUAAGACUUGUCGACCUCUCUCAUAAUAGUUUCUCAGGCCAGAUACCUGAAAAAGUGACAAAUCUGGGAGCAUUACAAACACUUAAUUUGUCACACAAUUCUUAUACAGGAACAAUUCCUGAGAAUAUUGGUCACAUGAGAUCAAUAGAGACACUUGAUUUAUCUGCAAACUAUCUUUUUGGUGAAAUCCCAGAGAGUAUGUCAAAUUUGACAACUUUGAGUAGCUUGAACUUAUCCAACAACAAGUUGAUUGGGAAAAUUCCUUCAAGCACUCAGCUACAAAGCUUUGAGGCCUCUUCUUUUAUCAGCAAUGAACUUUGUAGACCUCCGCUUCAGAAUUGUACUAUGAUUGUUCCAAAUCCUGAGUACGAAAAUAGAAAUGGUAAUGAACAUGAAGUUGAUUGCUCUAGAGACUCCUGCAAGCACAUCCAAAAUGAAUGUGACUGUGGAAGGGAUUCUGUUAGGGCUCGGGUCUACGUGAAGAGGAAAAGAAGAGAAAGAAGGGCGACCUUGAAGGAGCAAAUCUGGAAUUCAACAGAAGGCAUUGAUGACAAUAACAGAAAGCAGGAUAGUGGAGCGGAAGGCAGCAGUCCAAAAGCUGUGAGUGAUAAUGUUGGUAGCAAUAAUAGUAAACAGCCGAGGGGGACUCCAGGUGGCAGCAUUCCAGUGGCGGAGAGGAUAACAGACACGCAGCAAAAGAUUAGGAGUAUGUUGGAAGAGAUGGAGGUUGUGAAUACAGGGGACGCUGAGUUGGCAUUUGGGGAUUGGUUGGGCGUCAGCAAGGAGUCCAGUAAUAAGGAGCUGAGAGAGGAAGCAGAGAAAAAGGGGAAAAAGAAGGAAAUAGAGUGA